GCAGCACCCAGUGGAGCACCAGUAUUCAUUGUGAAAUUUAAACUCAAAAUUGAAACACACGGAUAAAAUCAAACGCUAAAAACAUUUCAACGCGUUAAGUGACCAAGCAAAUUUAAAGCGCGAAAAGAAUUUCAUAACAAUUACAAAAAAAAGAUAAUUGCAACAAUAAAUACAUACAAAGAUAAGAAAUCAACAAAAACAACAACAACCACAAGUGUUUAUUAAAUAAUAAAAACAAAAGCAAAUAAAGACUAUAAAAAAAGAAAAUAAAGACACAAAUAGCAACAAAAGGUAUCUAGUGAUUUAACCAAAGAGAUACAAAUAAUUUCGAAAAUUGAUACUCAAGAGCAACAUUUAAUUUUAACUGAAAAUAACAAUAUGGUCGUGGAAGCAAUGCAAAUCCAAUCCUAUCACAACAUGGCAGGCCCCCUAACACUUGCCAACAACAACAACAAUCUCAACACAUCCAACCUAACGGAUUCAAACAUGGCUUAUGCCAAAAUUGGACGCACUGUUAAGAAUGCCUUGCUCAAGGCACAAACCGAGUCACGUGUCAUUGUAGGCUUAUCGGCGGCCAUUAAAGUUCUCUCCAAAGCCCCUGAGGGCUCUCUCUUUUGCCUGAUGGCCGAGCCCCAAGAUGGCGACUCUGCCACACACAUGCAUGAAGUGCUUUUGGAAGCUUUUUGCUAUGAAAACGACAUUUAUGUCAUCAAGGUGGAUUGCCCCAUCAAGUUAAGCCGUAUUUUAGGCAAAACCACCAUUGAGUCCUGCUGCCUAGUGCAAAAAACUUGGACUGGUGAUCACAGCGAGGAGAGUCUUAAUAAAUUGGAAUCCCUAUUGGUGGACUACUGUGAAGCUUACUGGGAUUCCCCACAAAAACCCAUCGUUCAGCUGCCCAAUGUGUGAAUUAGCCUUAACUAAAUAUAAUUCAGAAAUUUUGGACAUUAUUUUGCAAAAAAUGGGAACUACCACUUUAACCUAUAAAAAAAGUGGUAUUAAAAUUUCCCGUUAUUACACGAAGCGAGAAUAAAACGCUGGAAACGUUUGGAUAAUUUCCCGACAGAAACCAACCCAAAAACUACUAAUACCAAACCGACGUUUAAGGCAGUUUAUUUUAAAUCUACGUAAAACUAUUAUAAAAAAAUAAAACAAAAAUCAAUACUGGAGUGAUUUCAACGCAGCAGCAUUUGCAGCAAAAGAGCAGCAGCAACGCUAGUACAAUCAGAGGCAGAGGACAGCAGCAAGGUUAAUUAAUAAGUUAAACAAUCUCCAGGAAAACAAACAGCUAUUUAUUCAUUAAUACAGCUGCAUUUAAAAUAAAAUCUAUUCAUUGUACAAACUACUCAAACAAAUUGUAUUAAACAUUUAUAAUAUCAUAUUUAAAACAUAAAAAAAAAUUACUAAACGUAAAGUUUUUUUUUAUCUGUAAUCGAGUCAAGAAAAAUCUCAUUACAAAAUGUGACAUUGAAAACAGGCAGAAUAAACUGGUUGCACUGACGGACAAUCAGACAGCCAGACAGUUUUUUUGCUGUUUAAUACGCAAACUCUAUAUAAACUAUUAAUUAAUUAUAAUUAAUUUUUAAGAAAAAAAAAAAACAAAUACUAAUUGCAAAACAUUAAGAAAAGGAAAAUAUAAUAAUGCAUUCAAAUACAAUGUUAUUGAACUUUAUAGACAAAAAAAAACAAACAAAAAAUCAAUUGUAAUAAAACAUUAUAUAAAUAAAUAUGUAGUUGUAAACAAUAUUUUAAAUAAUAUUGUUAUAAAAACACAAAAUUUAUGUUUAUAAAUAAAAUUAAGAAACUACUUUUUGUUAUGUUAGCUUUUUGUAAGCAUUUAAAUGUAAAAUAAAAAUACACAUUGUUUAGCAAUUAAGUUUACAAAAAUCAAAAUAAAUAAAAAAUAAAUCAAAAUAAUUAUAUAAACAAA